AUGCGGCUGGGAAACAGCGGCCGCCACUCUGGAGCGUGCGGCCCACCGAGUUCAGCAGGACUGUCAAUGGCAGGAUACCAGCUCUGGUCACCAUGGACCCCACUGGACGAGAGCUUCCAAUGGCUGCGGCACACAACACCUACACCUUCUUCAAAGCAUCCCUUUAGGGCUUCCCCCUGCUUCCCACAUACCCCUUCUGACCUUGAAGUGCAGUUGUGCUUUCAAGAGGUCACUCUAGUCCUAGACAGCCCAUUUCUGGAGACUGGGGUGAGUCCCAAGUUACCCUGCCACACAUCAGAGCUCCGAACCAUGAAUAACAAGAAAGGGCUGGUCAGGAAGCCCCAGCCUGUCCGUCUCAGUGGAGUGGAUUCCGUGUUCGGCAGGGUCAUCACAGCUCAGCCACCAAAAUGGACUGGGACCUUCAGAGUUUCAGAUAAAUCAGCCUUUUGCAAAAUCAUCAGCCGGGAGAACCAGUGGCCUACUGGACUUAAGGAACCUCAGAUUCAGAUGACAGUGACCAUGUGCAAACAGAUGCUGCGCUCUAUCCUCUUAUUGUAUGCAACAUACAAGAAGUGCACCUUUGCCUUGCAACACUCCAAGUAA